AUGGAUGGAUGUGACGCUACGAAAACUACCCUUUCCACGAGCAAAGUGCAACCUGCAAAGUCAGCAUCAGCACGAAGAUUUGUGGGCGUAAGGCAGAGGCCUUCAGGUCGAUGGGUUGCUGAGAUCAAGGACUCGUCUCAACGAGUGAGACUAUGGCUUGGAACUUAUGACACCCCUGAAGAGGCUGCUCGAGCCUAUGAUGAGGCGGCUCGUGCCCUUCGUGGGGAAAAUGCACGUACAAACUUUGCUUCUGCAAAUCCAAUCCCAAACCAAGCCAAGUCAUCAAACUCAAAUGGGGCUGAAUCUGAGAUCAGGCAUGGACUUAGUUUUUCUUCACUGAAAGCUAAGUUAAGCAAGAACCUACAGAGUAUCAUGGCCAGGAACUCGGAGAACAAGGCAGCUAAGAGUAGAGUAAGUGACCACUUCACUUUUGCCAGUAUCUUCCACUUCAGGGGCUACAAUCAAUACCAACAAAAUCCAGUUGAUAUGAAGAAAAUCGAAAAGGUGGUGCAGCCAAGUGUCAUUGUCCCUCAUGUUCCGGAUGAGCCAUCUCCUUGGGAGGGCUCAAGCCCCGACUACAGCAGCGAAUGGGCUAGUUUCCACCACCAUGGUUUCGACUCUGACGGGUCGGACAUGAGCGAUGUUUACAGUCUAAGUGAACAAGGCUUUGGCGAUCAAAUGAUGGGGUGGAUUAGCAGCCCUGAGGUGAUGAGUGCUGCAGCUGGAACUGAGGGAUCAAGGAGUAAAAGAUUCAAAGUUUCUUCUUCUGUUGUGGUUCCACCAACUUUUAGCGAACGUCCAGCCCAUGGUGAUUGGUGA